AUGGAAGUUGCAUGUACCGAUGAGGUUAAGGUUUAUAAAGACGAAGGUGAGGAAGAUGAGCAGAAAAAGUCGUCGGAAAACUUAACUGAGGAUAAAGUGGGUCUGGUGAUUGAGGGUGAAGGUCAGUGUACACAGAAAGGAUCAUUCAAUUUUGGAUUCUUAUCUCUAGAUGAUUAUUACCAUUCAUUCUUUCCACUGCCAUUUGUUACCGGUUCUCCAUCAUUUCCUGUCAAUGCUUCAUCAUAUGCUGCAGCCGCUGCGGCUGUGGCGGCCGCAGCUGCUGCUGCAGCGGCCGCUCAUCAACAGGGUCAAGAUGUUCCAAAUCAAUUCUCCUAUCCCACUUCAUCAUUGUCAUCUCCACAAGAAUGUGGAUCUAAUACAUUUGGAAGGCCAGCUCAUAUAACUAAUGAAGGAAGGAAAUCACAAUUAAAUGAAACAUUAACUGGUUUAAAUACAGAUGAUCCUGUAUUACGAUGUGCUAAUCCGUUGACAAAUCGGUUUCAGUCUCCUUCUGGUUGUCAAACUAGUUGUGUUUCUCCAAUGUUUCCUUCCUUUGGUGGACUCUCCCCAUCGUUAAGUGCUUUCAUGGCUGGACCAUUUUACAGUGUCGCUUUACAAGCAGCUGCAGUGGCUGCAGCGGUAUCAUCUGGUUCAUCUAGUCCAAAAUUGCAAUCAACAUCUUGGCCACAACCAAGUGUUCAUUCACCUGUGCCUUUUAGAAUUCCAACUCCUAAUCCUUCGUCAUCCAAUUUUAAUGUUUAUGAUAAUUUAUCUCCACAAAAUAAAUCAUCGUCUUCUGUUAUAGCUGUAGCCGCAGCGGCAGCGGCAGCAGCUGCUCUCAGUCAAUCACCGUCGUCGACAUCCGCCACAGCGGCAGCUGCAUUUCAUUCAGAGUUAAUAAAAGCAGCAAAUUUAUAUAAAAUCAAUAAUUCAAAUCAACGAUUUUUGUCAAAUCAGAAUCCAUAUCAUCAUUCCCUUACUCAUGAUAGUUUAUUAUCAUUAUGCACUAACAGUAGUAAUCAAUCAUUAUCCAAUACUCUACCAUUGAAUAUUGAUAAUUCAAUUAAUAUUCAUAAUACCACUUCUGAUAAUCUGAUCAUCGGUAAUAGUUUACGUGCCUCCAAUAAAUCAAUAUCGACAAAUUUACCUUCACAUUCAUGUACAUUGACUGGUUCCAAAUUAGAUCAGUUCAAUUCAUCAAUUAAUCUUCAAAUAAAAACUGAAAAUGAUAAUUUUCUAAACAAACACUUGACGGAAUUUUCAAGUUUAGAUAAUACCAAUAAUAAAUUAAUUCAUAAUGAACGACUUGUUAUUCCAUCAAAUUCUUUUAAUGAACAAUGUCUUUCAUAUGAUUCUCAAAGAAGAUUAGGAUCGUCUACAUCAACAUGGACUACUAAUUUAUCGGUAAAAUCAGAUUCAGAAGAAAAUCAGUUAAACCGUAGUUUAUUCACUGAUUGUUCUCAACGUGCUACGGCAGCGGCUGCCGCGGCGGCGGCUGCAGCAGCAGCUCAUGUCCAUUUUCUUUCAAGUUUAGCAGUGGCUGCAGCAGUUCACUCAUCAGCGUCAUCAUCAUCAUCUCCGACUCCUGCCCCUCAAUUAUCUUCAUUACAUAACAGUAGUAGUUUAUCACCAAUACUAUCCCGUAAUAAUUCAGUCGAUUCAAAUUUACAACAUUCCAUUUCAUCACAUCUUGAUAUUACACAAUCAUCUUCAGUAUUAACUUCACAAGAGCCAUUAUUCUCUUUUACUGCUUCCCAAAUUAAAUCACGUCAUACAAAUACCACAGAUAAUGUUACUCAUCAAAUUUCUGGCCAUUUAAAACCAUUUAAGUCUUUUGGUUCAAUCACUGAUAAUGUAUGCGCAUCAUCUCAUAAUACAUUUCACAAAUCAAUUCAUGAUCCUUCAAUUAUGAAACAUUCAGAAAUGAUUACAUCUACAAAUUCAUUGCCAAUUUCUUUACCAUCUACAUGUUUUGUUAAUCCAUCAAUUUGUUAUAAUUUUCAAAGAAAUUCUCCUGAAUUAUCAAUAGAUAAUACAUUAGGAUCACAUUAUCAAAUAUGUAAUAAUCGAAUGUAUUCUAGUCCUCUUGGAAUAAAUCCUUUAAAAUUGCCUACUUUGACAUCCACUACAUGUAAUAUUACUAAUACUACUACACUACUACUACUACUACUAUUACUAAUACUAAUAAUAAUCAAAGCAAAAAUGCUACUACUAUCACUACUACUCAUAAUGAGACAAGUAGUUUUGACGAUGAUAAUGAUGAUGAUGUUGUUGAUCAUAGAAGUAA